AUGCCACCCACCAUGUCUACGACCCCCUGGAUGCACUUGGCGCACGCUGCUCUACUUGCCGAACAUGAGACAGCGAAUGGCCAGAUUCAAGCUCCGUCCUUAGCCUAUGGCUUUGCAGGAGAACGGCCCUACCUCGACGAUGCACGUACAAUCGUCAAUUCACGUUUCCAUGGCCGUUGGCAACGUCCUGUGGUAGUUGCUUUAGAUACGCCUCUCACAUGCAGUGAUAUACCUCCACAGCCUAGGAAAAGGUCAAGGUUUUUCGCCGAUGGGGAACUCAUCUGGUAUGGCAGCAGUUCCGCAGCCCAGCGACCUGUGGCUGAGGGUCCAGCUCUUACAUCCAAGGAUGUAGCUACAGAUACUGACAUAAGCACCCCUACGGCCCCUGGGAACUCUUCUCAGUCACCCUUCAUAGCCCCAUACGAUGGGCUGGAGGCAGAGCAUGCGUGGAAUACCUAUCCUACUCCAGGUGUGCGGUCAGCAAGUUUCGCAACAGCAGAUGUAUCCUCAUUGGAUACUGCUACCUGGCCUGGUACCCACGACGGUGACGACCUCCCGCAGCACAUGUCACCACUACUCCAGCCCAACUGCGUAGACUUAGAUCCGCCCAUACAGGAUUAUCGCCGUCCCAUUUUCAACACUGUCUGCCGCCUGGAAACUGACAUCGAAAAGAGCAUCCCGGAUUUAAAUGCCGCUGAAUACGAUUUCGUCAGUACAAUCUGCAGCCAGGAUUCUUGGGAAGUGCUUCCCACACCUCCGCAUUCCAACUUCGACAUCGAAUCCAUCAACGACGAUAAAAGUGAUGAAGACAACUACGAGAAAUCUUACUAUGAGUCUAACUAG